AGGCUCGGCGUCGAGAUGGCACUCACGGUGACCAUCGCAGCCAGAGAUUACGGUCUCAAAAACGACGUGAAGGAGGCACUCACGGUGACCAGCGCGAACAGAGAGCGCCGUCUCAGGAACGACCUGAAGAGAGCACUGACGGUGACCAGCGCGACCAGAGAGCACGUUCUCAGGAACGGCCUGAAGAGGGCACUCGCACUCAAGAUGAUCAAAGGGAAAACAGACGACGGACAAGACAACGAGCUCGGAAGGACUCUGGAUUUCCGACAUGGACGUCUGGGCGACACUAUGAGGAGGACACACUCGCCCUCACCCACGCUUGCCUCAGUGUUGACGUUGCUGCUGGUGUUGGGCGCGGUGACUUGCUCUCCGGUACCCAGCGAUCUCCCUGCUCUCUCUGACAGCGCCCAUAUCGAAGUAACUCAUGAAGUCCGCCAUGUAACAUAUGAAGUUAGUGAAGAAGUCAGUGAAGCAACUGCGUCAUCACACAUCCCUUCUGAUGUACCACCUGAGGAGGAUCCUCCCAUUCCUACAGUGACCACUCCUCACACUGCCCUAGAAGAAGAACACCCACAAGAUGAUAACAUCUCCGAGAAAGGGCAGGAGUCUCAGGAGUCUGAGGGUGAAAUCUCACAGGAAGCCUCACCAGAACCAGAGGUCGCUGUUGGUGAGGAAACAAAAAGUGAGGAGAAGGAAACAGAGGUAACACAGGAAGGAACCGAAGUGACAGUUUCCGAGGACAAAGAAUCAGACAGUGAAAAUAUUAGUGAAAGUGAAGACUCAAGUGUAGAAAGUAGUGAAUUGGUACCUGAAAGUCAUGUGUUUUUGUCCAAUAAUAAUGAAAACAAACAAGAAGACAGUGAAAUAGUAGCAGAAGAAACUGAAGCAACUGUUUUAACACCAUCAGAAAACCCAGCAGAUGAAGUGCAUUCAGAGCAUGUCAGUGAAGAAAAUACAGAUUUAACUGAAUCUCAACCCACCGAACCAGUCGAACCGGAGCCAACUAGUCCAGUUGAAUCCGAACCCACAAUCCCAGUUGAAUCCGAACCCACAAUCCCAGUUGAAUCCGAACCCACAGUCCCAGUUGAAUCCGAACCCACAGUCCCAGUUGAAUCUGAACCUACAGAACCUGUUGAACCAGAACCCACAAGCCAUGUUGAAAGUGAAGCUAUAGACCCAGUUGAAACAGAGCAUAUAGACCCAGUUUGGGCUAAACUUUCAGAUCAUGCUGAACUUGAACCUAUAAGUCCAGCGGAAGGGGAACCAACAAGCCAGGAUGAAGCUGAAAGUCACAUCGAAGCUGAACUGACAAGCAAAAUUGUAGUGGAACCCACAGUUCCAUUGGUUGAUGAACAUACAAGCUCUGAUGAAGCAGAACACAUAAUUCCGGAAGGAGAUGAAACUGCAAGCCAGGUUGAAGAAGAGGCCCAGUUGGCUGGAGGCGACCUUACAGAUGGUGCAGAAAACGAUAAUUCCGACUUAAUUGUCAGUGAUGAAGAUCAUCAUGUUUCUGGUGGUGAAGUUUUUGAAGAAAUUCCAUCUCAGAAUUCACAAGAGGUAGCUGAUAGCUCAGAAUUCUUGGAAACUGAAAAAAGAACUGAUGAUAUUGAUUUACCAGUUCAUAAAGCUGCCCUGGAGGAGAGCUCCAAUGAGGCUUCAGAUGUUGCGGCCCCAGAAGGUGACACGGCACGAGAAUCUCGAGUGUACAUUGCGUAUGAAGAACCAUCUCAUCAUGAAGGCCCAAAGGAGGAGGAUUCCACUAUACCUGAACAGGAAGAAAGUCAUGAAGAAAAUGAAUCAAAGCCUGCCAACAGUGGCUUAGAAAGCUUGAGCAUGACUUCUCCCACUCCAGAAUCUCUUCCAGAUGAUGUUCUUGAUGUUGAUGACUUGGAGAAGGAAGAAGCUCUUUCUGAAGAAUACCCAGAAUAUCCUGAAGAAGCAGUUCUUCCCGAUAUUCCAGAAUUAGAUUCACAGGAAGAGAAUUCCACCCUGACAGCUGAUGCUGAAGAACCUGAUGUUGUCCCAGAUGUAGUCAUCAACCCUCCCAGUUCAAGUGUUGCCCCAGUGCCGGGCGAUGAGUUCACAGAAAGUUACAACGACCCUCUUGAAGAAUCUGGAAAUCUCCCAGAUUUUGAUGUAACUCAUGAGCAACUACCGUCUAAAACUUAUCCUCAUCCCGAAGAGACUCAGCUAAUCCCUGAAAAGACACAUGAAACAUACGUAAGUAUGCUUGAAGGGGAUUCAAGUGACCUAGCGGCAGGUGACCAUAUGCUGGAAGUUGAUUCUGGUUCUCCACGAGUGUUACCACCACAGCAGGAACAAAUCAGUGCAGCGGCCCCUUCAGCCCUUACACCAGGGUGCAUUGUAGCUAUUGUCUUUGGCGUUCUCAUCUCCUUAGUUGUCAUUCUUGGUGUAGGUGGGUUUAUGAUUUGGCAGCGCCGCACACAGAACCGUCCCAAAGUCCUGGGUAAUGACCAAGGCUAUGCAGGCUCUGAUUCCGGUGGCUACAUUGAUGACCAGGGUAAUGCAUCGCAGGGAUCCCAGGGACAGCAGAUUUUCAUACGCCUCAAGACCCUGAAGCCUUCACUGCCUGCUAGUGCAGCAGGGAUGCUGAAGUCUUUGCCCAACAUGCCCAAGAUAGCACCAAUGAAUAUGCCCAAUUUUAACCAGAUCAUCACUAAGCGGGAGUCCGGAGGAUCUAAUCAGCCUGGACAAUGAUUCCUUUUUGAACAGCCUUGAGUCUAUGACUAUCCAGAACUUGUGGACAGACAACAUACGGCAUACAAAGUUGUAGCCGAAGCCUUGUGGUUGGAAUGCAUUCUUUAUUGAUAAUAACAAAAGUUGCUGACUGAAAAAACUUGGAGCAAAGAAAGUGCAUGUGAUGGCUUUGGCUGUUACCUUAUCCAGGCAUAAUAAAGCUUAUGGUGCACACACACUCGUGACAAUUGCCACAAUGUCCUGAGAAGCAUAUGUUCAUUUGUAUUGUUCAGUGUCCUACCAGUAUUUCAGACAAAAUUAAAUUUGAUAAGUGUAACGCAAGUGGAAUAAAUGCCAACCAUGAAUUCCAGAUUUGAUAUUCUGACGCCUCCUUUUGACUUACUGAUUACUCAGCCGUUCUCUCUUAAUGAAAUGGUUUUUGUGUGUGAAUUGCCACAAGAAGUUUGAAAUUUGACAUUCCAAAUGUUAAGAUAGGCAGGUAAGACUAAUUACAGUAGUACAAUUAAAUACAAUUUCUUGACAUAGGUAAUGCAUAUAAGCAAACUAGACAAAUGUAUGCAAAGACAAAUAGCUACAUAAAAAUGAAGGUUUGAAGACGAAACUGUAUGCCAAGGGCAUAUAAGGAAAAGACAGUCUAGUGUUUAAAUGCUGUAAUGUUCAGUGGUUGAUUUUUCAUUGUCCAAGUUUUUCUGUAAAUCUGAACAAAUGUUAGCUCACAAAAGUAUUGCUUUCCUUGCCAACAGUCACUUCACAUUCCCUCUGUCUUCCAGGGGUUAAGAAUGGAUUUUCAAUAAUGGUGUACUAUUGUAGAUGUAAAUGAUGGUUUGUGUUAAUUAGAAGUCUGUUUUCUUGAGUACCCUAUAUAGGAUCAUUAAUAUAAAGAACUGAGAAAUUUAUUAGUAAACAACUAAUAUAUAAUUUUGAUUAUUUGUAUAACAAACAAUUUAAUGUCAUGUCUCAUUUCCCUGUAUCUGCUAAGUACUGUAUUUGAGUCUGCAUUUACCUAAGAUUUUUGCAUAACAUUAUCUUUCUUGAAAUCCUUUUGCUUUGAAACAGUUGCCAAAUUUUAUAUAUAUAUAUAUAUAUAUAUAUAUAUAUAUAUAUAUAUAUAUAUAUAUAUAUAUAUAUAUGUUAUAUAUACGAUAUAUAUGUAUAUAUAUAUGUGUGUGUGUGUAUGUGUGUCUGUGUGUAUAACUAUAUGUAUAUGUGUGUAUGCAUGAGCAUGUAUGUAUUUCUGCAGUUUUUGCUGCACCAGUGAAAGUCUGAUGUUUGGCAGGAGAGAUUGUGAUACAAAUAUAAAUAGAAGUAGAGGUCUUAGACAAAGCUCUUUUCAGUAGUUUUUGCUUGGAUUUUGUCAUGCAGUUUUUAUUCUUUCAGUUAUGUUUUAGGUAGGGCCAUAUUUCUUUUCAUGCUGCUUUGUGUCAUUGCUAAAGAAGUAUUAGGUUGUGGAGAAGUCCUUUUGUCAAAAUUACAGUGGAUGUUUGGAGUUAUGUAUUUGUUUCACAUGCAUUAACUCUUAGCAACUUGUAUUUUGUCAGUUGUUAAUUUUAGAAUGUUCUGUCGAAAUUUCUGUAGAGCUGUUCUCUUAUUAUUUUUCUCUCUCUCCUAUUCUGACAGUUUAGGUUAUAAGAGUGAGUGAUAUGUGUAGUACAUAGGAACAAAUAAGUACCUACCUAAAUUAUAAUGUGGAAAGAAACAGUAAAUAAAUUAAUAUUAAGUAUUAUUGUAAAUUGAAAACGGCUUACUGAAAGCAAAAUUAUUCUUCCAAAUAAAAGUAUAGUAUUUAAAAGAUAGAAUAUUAUGUACAAGGGGUAUGUUUUUUAGAACAUAAUUUAUCCAGUGAAAUUAAAACGUGAUUUGAAAGAGGAAUGCUUGACCUUUGUAAAUGUUGAGUCUGUGUUGUGAAUAUAUUUUGUCCAAGAAAGUAGUUUCAAGAAAUGCUACUCAAUGCAAUAUAUAGCUAGGCUAUACCUGAUUAGGGUGCACCUCUCAUUCUUCAGGAAAACUUGUGGUACUAAAACUGCCAGCGCAAGGGUAGUCAGUUGUCAAACCUACGCUGUGUAGUAAUUUACAGUUUCUUAUUCGUAGAGAUCUUUAUACAGUACAGCAUAUAUACAGUAAUAUAUAUGAAGAAUUUAUUUAUAGAUAUCAGAUGUACAGUUUUAAUGAUGUUCAAUUCCCUCUUGUUAGCUGUAGCUUCUGUCGCUGUAUAUAUACAAUGCCAUUUAUUUUAAAUGAAAUGGUAUAAUCUUUGUAUACAGGAAUGUAAGAGCUUCUUGCAUUAUUGUAAAUUUUUUAAAAUUACAGCUUCAGUGGGAGGACAUUUCAGAUGUUACAGUUCCUCUCUAAUCAUUGAACUAUGAUACAGAUUAGUAUACUGCUUUUAUAAGCAGUGUAUUGGGUAUUUUGAAAUUUCUUGUCAUUCCAGAAUGUAAUUUUUAAUUGCCUUUUUUAAUUCAAUAUUUGGAAAAUGUUUAUACGUCGUUAUAAGAAACUAACUGUUAAUUUGCAAUGUUAAUAUU